AUGGCUGACUUACGCGACAUCGACAUUCGAUUCGCCAGAGAGUUCAACAGUGCCAAAGCGCUGCAUGACAACGAGCUCCUUGACGAUUGUGUCGAAAGUGCCCGUGAGCUGCUCGAAGACCCUGUUGUUCCUCGUUUCCAUCGGAUGAAGACGCUUCUGCUGCUAGGCUCAGCACUUGAGGACUUGAACGAGGCCUGCGACUGUUUGGAAGAAGCUGACAAAUUGUGGAAAUUGAUUCGAAGCUACCAUCUAGAGGGUCAAGACGUCGACGUGGAUAAGACCAUGGCUGAAGUCCGCGCGUCACUUGAUCAGCUAGCGAAAGCACUAAAGAACGAGGAAGCAGAGGAGUACGACCUAGAGGACUAUGUCGAAAUCAUUGCGAACACAGAUGAAUGCCAGGUUGCAGACAUCCAGGAAAUGAUUUGUGGCAUGGAAAUGGAAGACGACCUCGACAUCGACAUGGAUAGUAAUGUUGAGGAUGUUGCUGCCGGUCGCGCGAGCCAGGUUCAGGUCGAGCCCGUCAAAGAGCCGUUGCCCAGUACUGACAAGGUAGAAUCCCUUGACACAGCACAACAUAUGUAG